UUCGCAACCAGGUUUUCAGGCAAACGUCUGAAUGCGAUUGUUGUGAUACCGAUAUAAUGUCAUGCAAAUGUUAUUGAACACUGUUUUGCCAUUUAACGUUGUUCUAAUGCAUGCGGUCGUUAUUACUGAUGCAAUCAUAGUCUGAAUCGUUAUAUAUUACUGAAUUGCUAAUAAAUACUAUAUAAUUUGACUUGAGUCUCCAUUUUGAAUACGUGUAACAAAAAAAAGCUUGGCUAUACUCAGCAGCGUGAUGACGUUCAUUGUUGAAAGAUGGCAUACUACAGUGUAGCCUAAACUCUUAACAAAUAAACCAAGAUAGCCCGCAGCUUUCGUGAAAGCGAGUGGGCAUAACCUAGGAAAGUAGGCAGUCAGAGCCAAUGGGAGUGAAAUAUGGAACGCAGUCAAUGGCUCCUCAUAUGGAUGAUGUCAUGCGACUGUGCUGUGACCUGUCCGCAAAUCAGCAGAUAAAAGCAGCAGUGAACAAUUCUGGCAAAGGAUCGGCUGUGGCAGGAGGGGCUGCAUUUUUAGGAGGUCUACUGGGCGGUCCACCGGGGAUUGCUGUUGGUGGUGCUGUUGGCGGUCUUUUGGGGUGGUGGAUGACCAGUGGAGAGUUCAGACCCCUCCCUCAGAUCAUCAUGGAGCUGCCUCCCCAGCAGCAGCAGAGGCUCUACACUGACGUCAUGGCCAUUUUGGGCUCACUGGACUGGACAGACCUUGCCCAGCUGACCGCCCUGGUCAUGGGGAACGCUACUCUCCAGCAGCAGGUCACAGCCGCUCUGCUGGGUUACAUCACAAAGGAGCUGAAUGCACAAAUUAGAUACGGAGACUGAUCUUACAAAGACUGACUUUCGAUGAAGGAUUUCUUUAGAAUCCACACACAGGCUACCUUGGGAAGGAAAAUCACUUAAAAAAAAUAAAGAUUUUUGUACUGCG